CUACACAAAACAUACACAAACGCGCAAGAUUAGAACGGUACACGCUCAAAAUUGAAAAUCACAUCUGUUGAAUCUUAUUUUGAUCUCUUCUUCUGCCCACACGCGGACUGGUAGAGAGCUCUGUAUGGAAAUCGCAAGAGGAAUGGAUUUUCAAGUGGUAGUGUUAGCGGGCGGCUUUUCGAAAAGCUUGGUUCCUCUCGUUUCUAAGAAGGUGCCGAAAGCCCUAUUGCCGGUGGCAAACAGGCCUGUUCUGUCUUAUGUUAUCGAUCUUCUCGAGCAGAAAAACCUUAAAGAUCUUAUUGUGGUUGUUGAAGGGGAAACCGCAGCGCAUUCUGUCAGUGCUUGGAUUUCCGGCACAUAUAUUGAUCGAUUACAUGUUGAGGUGGCUGCAGUUCCCGAGGAUGUUGGAACAGCUGGUGCUCUUCGAGCUAUUGAUCAUAGACUGACUGCAAAGGACAUCUUGGUUGUGAGUGGUGAUUUGGUUUGUGAUGUUCCCCCUGGGGCAGUGGCAGCUACUCACAGACGACAUGAUGCUGUAGUAACUGCUCUGCUUUGCACUGCUCCUGCCAGCGGACCAUCUGAUUCAGGUUCCUCUGGUGCAAAGGACAAAGCUAAGAAACCAGGACGGUAUAACAUUAUAGCAUUAGACCCAACUAAGCAAUUUCUAUUGCAUAUAGCUGCUGGAGCUGAAGUUGAGAAAGAUAUUCGAGUCCAGAAGAGCAUUCUCCGAGCUGUCAGCCAGAUGGAAAUUCGUGCUGAUCUAAUGGAUGCUCAUAUGUAUGCAUUCAAGAGAUCUGUUCUGCAAGAUGUUCUUAAUCAAAAGGAAACUUUUCAAAGUUUGAGACGUGAUGUAUUGCCCUAUCUUGUUAGGAGCCAGCUGAGAUCUGAAUUACUGUCAAAUGGAGUCCAAUCAGACGAAAAUGGCAAUAGUAAGGAUGCUAUGCAGAAUGCUAAAAUCUUGCCAUCUCAACUUCUGGCUAAUGCAUCUACACCAAGUUUUCAUGAACUCUAUGCCUUGGGUCCCGAUGGUUCUUCCUCAAUUACAAGGAAAACUCAUAAAUGUUGUGUUUACAUUGCGAACAAGAGCAAGUAUUGUGCGCGCUUAAAUUCCAUUCAAGCAUUUAGCGACAUAAACCGUGAUGUAGUAGGAGAUGCAAAUCACCUAUCAGGCUAUUCUUUUUCUGCUCAGAACAACGUAAUUCAUCCCACUGCUGUACUUGGAUCUAAAACCACGGUGGGACCACAAUGUAUGCUGGGGGAUGGUUCACAGAUGGGCGACAAGUGCAGCGUUAAAAAAUCUGUCAUUGGCCGUCAUUGUCGGAUAGGUUCAAAUGUGAAGGUUGUCAGUUCUGUUAUUAUGGACCAUAUCACUAUUGGAGAUGGUUGUUCCAUCCAAGGUUCUGUUAUCUGCAGUAAUGUACAGCUCCAAGAGCGUGUCAUUUUGAAGGAUUGUCAGGUUGGAGCAGGCUUCGUGGUUACUGCUGGAAGUGAAUAUAAAGCGGAGUCUUUGGCCAAGAAAUAAAAGUCAUGAGUAUGCCUUCCUCCACUAAAUAUUUUUUCUUUGUGCAUGUGUUCAUUUCGUAUUUAUAUUCUCUGUGUCGUCGUUGCUCUCCUUCAUGCCUUUGCUUAGUCUCCUCUGUGCUUUUGUUUUGUCUUCGAGGGUUAAGGAGAGAACACCAAUUUUGACUAGCACUUGGGAAAUUGAGAUUGUCAUUUUCCUAGUGGGGAUUGUUUGUAGAAUUUAAUGAUUUUAAUUCAAAAGUUUUUUACGCACCAAGUUUCAUUGUACCAUGAAUUGGAAAUGUUUGUAGUGGAAUUAAGUCGUUCUGCAGUCUAUCUGUGCUAUCAUAGAA